AUGGGUGAGCGUGGACACCAAAACUCUGAAUACAUCGGGAUAACAAAAACCAAAUUAUCUAGAAGGCCCACCAUGCAUGUUCAGUCAGGAACAAUGAAGAAUCACCUGAAAGAAAAACCCAACACAAAAACUACCAGAAAGAUUUUUGACAAUAAUGUGGAAAUAAUUCACUACAACAACAAUCCACAUAUUCUAAGGAUUGCAGAAGCCAACAUGAAUAUGACAUGUUCUACCUAUUUCACGGCAGGGUAUAAAACCCGACUGAUAAUGGAUCAAGGAGAGACGGAAAGCGCCCCGGGUGAAGUUCUCAAGAAGAGAAUGAAAACAAUUGAUGGCCUAGGGCAGGAAAGCAAAGGACAGAUGUUUUAUGAUCCUGAGUUUGGGUUUACCCAAUGUGAACUAAGAAAUCAAGAAAUUAAUAAUAACAUUAGUAAAUUUGAUGUCAACAAUUCAAAUAAAAAUGAUGUCUACAACAAUGACAGCAGUAAUAAUAAUAAUAAUAAUAAUAUCAUUAAUCAAUGUUUUGUCAACAGUUCAGAUGAAAUUGAUGUCCGCAAUAAGGUUGGCAGUAGUAAUGAUAAUAAUAAUAACCAUAGCAAAUUUGAUGAUGGUCAUGAGGAGGAAGAAAGUAAAAAAUGUAAAGUUAAUGUCAAUGAAAUUGGUACAGCUGGUGGUGCAGAUGAUGAAGAAAAAGUCACUAACAAUAGUAAUGUUGGUAGAGUAGAUGAUGAGGGGGAGAAGAUUAAUGGUAAUGAUGGUGGGGAUAAUGGCGGAGCAGACGAUGAAGAGAACAAAUUUAAUAAUAAUAAUAAUGUCGGUGGCAAUGUUGAUGAAGAUGUGAUGAAAAAAAUUGAUAAUGAUAGGGUUGGUGCAAUGAAAGAUGAUGUGGGUAGACUGGAUGAAGACGAAAUGUUAGGAUGGUGA